AUGCAGGAGCCGGAGGAGGGCCUCGAGGGGAGAGCAGGGGUUGAAGAAGACCACGACGGCCAGCGUCGUCCUCAAGCUGCCGAUGCCCAGACCAGCCCUGGACCCAGCGGUGAUACUACACCAGCAAGUGCAAGUCGACUCCUGGAGUUCUCUGUAACAGUGCCUUUCAGGUCUGCGGUGGAGGCAGACAUGGCCCGCAGGUCCCUGGUCUCCAAUGCCCGUCACCAGCAAGUGGUGCUUCCACAGGAGUACACUGUGAACGACAGUGUCCUGGCUGUUAGGUGGAAUACUGAAGACCCUGUCCUCUUCCGAAUUUCCAUCAACACGUUCCUUGACCAGCUCUCCCUGGUGAUGAGAAACAUACAGCGCCAGGAGUUCGUGGCUGUUGUCAAACGAGAACGGAAAAGGAGUCGUAGAUCCUAA